AUGUCAAAUAAUUUAGCUGCAUAUUUUGCUAGUUCAAAUAACACCACGGAUAACAAUAACAACAACAACAUUAACAAUAGUAACACACGUAACCAUACCACCACUAGUAAUAGUCUCUAUGAUGAUGAUGAUGAUAUGGGUCCAUCUGUAUCUAUGGCUAUAGAGGCAGACAAUGAUGAAGAUUUCCAUAAUCUAACAUUUAAAUUGAAAAGAACCCAAUCCAUGGGUUUAUUAGAUCCCACAAAUCCAAUUGCUAAAAAUAAUAGUAGAUCUACUACUACUACCACAACUACUACUUAUAACAACAAACAACAACUGCCUACACCGAAUAUAAUAGACUACGAUGCCCAUUCAGAUGAUUAUGAUUAUGAUGCAAAUAACAGUGAUAUCAGCAGUAAUAGUAGUGACUCCUCUAGCAAUAUCUCUGACGAUUUAGUGCUCAACAAUGGAAAUACUACAGGAGAUGACGAUCAGGAUAAUUUUAACGUCGGCAGUUACACGCAGUCCUCCUCUGUAUCCCCACCCGCACCAGAUGAUGAUAAACUGUUGCCACAAGAUGACAACGACGUAGUAAGAGAACCCCAGAGACAUGUGGAUUAUUUGUCACAUCAUUGGAAAGAAUCAGAUAUUUCGAAUUCUUGGAAAUAUAUCAUUGCAAAGAAGAAAAAAAGAGAUAUCGACGUGGUCAACACUGCAAGAUUAGAGAAUGCCUCGUGGAGAACAUGGGCAAAGGCAAGAAAUAAUUUAAAGACUGUGUCUCCUGAAAUCUUGAAUUGGUCAAAGGAUUCUGAUGUAACCUGGUUGUAUGGUCCAAUUGUUCGUAGUGAUAAUUUCAACAACAGUAGUGGCAAUUCACAUAGGAAAAGAAAUAAAAUACACAGUAAAGAUGACUACCGUUAUGAUGACAAUGAUGAUUACGAUGAUGACUACGAUGAUGAUGAUGAUGACGACGACGACAAUUAUGAAAGAGGAUAUGGUUCAGAUGGUGAUGAAACUUCAAUAAGAUUACCUUCUACAAAUUCCUCAAUAGUUAAUCAAUCCAACACUACAAGUAGGCGUCCUCAUUCUUCAAGAAGAGAAAUUACGCCAAAACCUAUCUUAAAGAGAAGAACAGUCCCUGAAAUCAUCGAAGAAAAUGCACAAUGGAGGCUGAAUGAAGCAAGAAAACAUUUCAAUGAAGUUAGGAGAACUCAGUCUAUAAAGAAUCGGGAUAUUCAGACUAAUGUUCAUGAUGACUAUGAUCUACUAGCUGCAAAGGUCAAUGCCCAGUAUUUCAACUACCCAUCAUCUUCAUCAUCAUCAAAUACAGCUUCCAAUAAACAACAACAAAUAUAUUCUUCAAAUCAUAACAACAACAAUAAUGAUAAUAUUAGUCAAACCUGUAACGAUACUCAAGCAAACUCUUCAAAUGCCAAGUAUGAUAUACCGUCUUAUACAACCAAUCAAUCAGGUAAUUUAAAUAUUUCUGAUGAAAAAGAUAAAAAAGCUAAUGAUUCCUCUAUAACAAACUCAACUUCACCUACUAAAUCAAAUGUCACUGUGCUAAAUUCAAACCAUAGAAAUAUAUAUACAGUUUCACAGGACAAUUCCAGUUCAAACAUAAAAAAUGGUACAUUAUCAUCAAUAUUGACCACAUCAUCGGGCUUUCGUUCAAAGAACAAUAAUAAUGAUAAAACAGACAUUUCUAAUAACAAUAAUAUUAAGAAACCAAACAAAGAUAGACAUAUCCAUUUUAAUGAUCGUGUAGAGCAAUGUAUGGUUGUUAAAUACCCUAGUAAUCCAAGUGAUGAAGAUAUGGAAAGUGGAUUCUACAGUUCCGACGAUGAUUAUAACCAAGAAUUUUCAGAUUACUCCAAUUCAGAGUCAAAUUCCGAUUCUAGCGAUGGAGAAAAUGAUGAUGAACAUGGUCUUUUUAUUAGUGCAAGAUUCUCCAGAAGACUUGAUUCCUUAGCUCAUUCACCUAUUACAGAUAAUUCAUCAAUUGGUUCCAAUUGUACUAGCGGUAGGCAUAAUUCACAUAUCCGUCCAAUAAUUAAAAUGUUACCUGCUACUACUCUAAAUUAUGGUUCAGAUGAUGAAUCUGAUAAUAAUGAUUUCAAUAGUGGUUAUGGUAAUGCCAUCUCUCAUAACGUCAAUACACAAAGAGGUUACGAUUAUAUCUAUGAUUACAAUUCUGUUUAUACUGGCGACACUUCAAGUUUCCUACCAGUGGAUCCAUGCGAUAUUAUUGAUGUUCCAGAAGGGAUAAAUUUACAAACAGCCAUUGCUGAUGAUAAUCAAGAAACUUAUAAGUUGUUGUCCCCAUCCGAUACCAAAUCGAAUCAACCAACAGCUCUUCUAUCUCCAGCCACUUCUAAUGACCAAUACUAUAAUAGUGGUGACGAUCAAUAUAGUAUAUCUUCCAAUACAGAUGAUGAUCAAUUUAUCGAGGAUUCACAGUAUCAUAGCUCUAAUAGUGGAUCAGAUUCAAGCUCUAGUGAUAAUGAAGACUAUUUACAAAUGGGAUCUAAAUGUGUGAAUAGUGAUUUGGGAUUAAAAAGAACUGUAUCAAUUGGUAGAAGCAAUAAUUCUUUAGUUGGCUUGUCUUUAAAUAAUAACUCAAAUCAGCAACUAAAAAGUACUCUCUCCCAAACUUUUCUAAAUGGUAGCUCAUUGGCUAGACAAACUAAAAGCAGCAAUAACACCCUAGCCGACACUUUUCAAAAUAAAAAUGAAAUACCGUUAAGUAGAAAUGCCAGCAAAGGGUUUAUAUUUAGUUCUGAUAGUGAAGAGGAAUCUGACGAGGCCCUAUGUAUCACAGACGUGAAAGAAAAUAAUAGCAAUCAAACACACAAAGGUGAUCUCAAUUUAAAUUCAUUAGAGAUUAAACCUUGCCCACGCAGAAAAUUGGGUCCACCACAAAGAUCAUCAAGUAGCUUAUUACUAAAUAAUAUAAAUCAAGCAGGCAAAUACAAUAUAGACAAAUCUAUUAAAAUUCCAAGCAACACUGUGUCUUCUACAAAUAUUUCACCUAAUAAUGUUACCAUUGAGGGUUCAUUUCCACCACGAAAUGAUUCUGAAAAGUCUGUGAUGCCAAAGGAGAAAUUGACCAAUUACAAUAAUUCUUAA